GACGGCUCGGCCCAGUUCCGGACAGCACCCACCACGUGCGGCGGCAGCUGGGGCGGGAAAGUGGACGCUGGGGGCGCUGCGGCGUCAGGGUCCACCUGGUCGGCUGCACCCGCGGAGGAGGAGGUGGAUUUCAGAGUUCCCGUAGACUGGAAAAAUCGGCUCAAAACAGCUUGCCGCGCAGGGGCUGCGCUGGAGGCAGCGAGGCCGCCCGAAGCAGGCUUCCGGCGAGACAUGGCAGGGCAAGGAUGGCAGCCAGGAAGCAGGGCACGGCCGGGAGCGCGAGCCCGCGGCCUCAGUUCCCAGGCGUCUGCGGGCGCGAGCACGUCGCGACCCUGCCGUGCGCCGGGGCGGGGGGCGGGGCCUCACCUGCACAAAUAAGGACGAGGAGGCGGAGCAGAUGAUUUCGCGCCAAAGUUGGCCGCGCACCGUUGUGUAUCCAGCGGACUCAGUGCUCACUGCUGCUGUCAUGGUUCAGUUGCUAAACUGCAUCGUCGCUGUGUCCCAGAACAUGGGCAUCGGCAAGAACGGUGACCUGCCCUGGCCGCCGCUCAGGAAUGAAUUCAGGUAUUUCCAGAGAAUGACCACAACCUCUUCAGUAGAAGAUAAACAGAAUUUGGUGAUUAUGGGUAGGAAGACCUGGUUCUCCAUUCCUGAGAAGAAUCGACCCUUAAAGGAUAGAAUUAAUGUAGUUCUCAGCAAGGAACUCAAGGAGCCUCCACAAGGAGCUCAUUUUCUGGCCAGAAGUCUGGAUGAUGCCUUAAAACUUACUGAACAACCAGAAUUAGCAAAUAAAGUAGACAUGAUUUGGAUAAUUGGUGGCAGUUCUGUUUAUAAGAUAUCCAGGUGUUCCCUCUGAUGCCCAGGAGGAGAAAGGCAUUAAGUACAAAUUUGAAGUAUAUGAGAAGAAUGAUUAAUAUGAAUGUGUUUUCUGGUUUAAGCUGUUCCUUCUCCCUCUGAAAAAAAAAUUAUGUAUUUUUACAUUAGAAAAAAAGACUUUUUUU